GGGGUAUAUAUAGCCCGCAGUAGAACUUUGGCACCCCUGGCAGUCGAAAUGAAGCUCCAGCUCCCAUUCUCUUGCUUGCUCACCCUGCUGGCCCUCGCCACUACGGAGUCAGUGAGUGAGGUGUCCGACGAUGAGCUGCUGGUGCGUCUGCAGCUGCAGUCGGAGAGCAACAUGUUCCCUUGCUGCGAUGGCACAGAGGAGAUCAGCCAGAGCUCCUCAAAUGACACACCUGCACCUGAACGAACAGUCUGUACACCCUGCACCUCCAACCCAGCCAUCACCGGCAAGGAGGAAGAGGGAGAGGGGGUUUCAGCCGAAGCAGGCGAAAGUGAAGAGGGUUAUGACCAGGACGACAGACAGCAGGAAGGGGAGCUCGAGGACAAAGAGCAGGAGGAACUGUUAGGGGACGAGGAAGAGGAGACACAGGAGGGGACAGCCGAUUCAGACCUAGCGGAGGACGUGGCGGAAGAUGAUGAGACAGAGGGUGGAGGGGAACAAGAGGAGGACUCUCCUGGGGAGGAAGAGGAGAUUUCCCAACGAGAAGCCGAGUCCGAAGAGGGGCGCGGAGUCCACGGACUUGUGGAAGAGGAGGCAGAGGGGGUGACUGAGGAGGAGUCUGAAGAAGAAGGGCAGCAGGUGACGGGGCCCGAGGCGGCAGACACGGAGGACAAUCCUGCCGAGUUAGAGACAGAGGCAGGCCCUUCUGCAGGGCCCCCGACGCCUUCACAGCCUGAAGUGUCAGAGGAGAAAGCAGCUGCUAAGGCAGCGGAGGUGACAGUAGAGGACGUGAUGACUGAUAAGGAGCAGCCAGCUGGGGAGGAGGAGGCCCUGUCAGAGACCUCGAGACACAGAGACUCAGUGAAAGUAGAGAAGACACCUUCAGCGGGUCCUAAAAUGAGGGACAGGUCUCACAUUGAUGACACGCUACGCCUCACCACAGCUGAGCCUUCUCGGGAGUUUUCAGCCACCCUGAAGAAACUACAGGAGAUUUAUCACAUGGCCAUUAAGCCUAUGGAACAGGCAUAUAAAUACAAAGAGCUCAGACAGCAUGACGUGUCAGAAGCGGAGAUUACCUCCAAACCCAUGGUGCUUUUCCUGGGGCCCUGGAGCGUAGGCAAGUCCACCAUGAUCAACUACCUGCUGGGCCUCCACAACACCCCGCAAGAACUCUACACAGGGGCGGAGCCUACCACCUCUGAGUACACAGUGAUCAUGCAUGGGGAGAAGUUGCGCACCAUCGAGGGCAUUGUGAUGGCGGCAGACAGCUCCCGCCCUUUCUCAUCCCUGGAGAAGUUUGGCCAGGGCUUCCUGGAGAAGCUGGUGGGCAUUGAGAUGGCCCACGAGCUACUGGAGCGCGUCACGCUGGUGGACACACCCGGCAUCAUCGAGAACCGCAAGCAGCAGGAGAGAGGCUACCCCUACAACGACGUGUGUCAGUGGUUCAUCGACCGAGCGGAUCUGAUCUUCCUGGUGUUCGACCCUACAAAGCUAGACGUGGGCCUUGAGCUGGAGACACUCUUCAAGCAGAUGAAGGGCCGCGAGUCCCAGAUCCGCCUCAUCCUGAACAAAGCCGACAGCCUGGCCACGCAGGAGCUGAUGCGCGUCUAUGGCGCCCUCUUCUGGAACAUGGCACCCUUGAUUAACGUGACGGAGCCGCCCCGCGUCUACGUCAGCUCCUUCUGGCCGCAGGACUACACGGCCGACGCCAACCGCCAGCUCUUCAAGAAGGAGGAGAUCUCCCUGCUGGAGGACCUCAACCAGGUGAUCGAGAACCAGCUGGAGAACAAGAUCGCCUUCAUCCGGCAGCACGCCAUCCGCGUGCGCGUCCAUGCGCUGCUGGUGGACCGCUACCUCCAGACAUACCACGAGAGGCUGGGCUGGUUCGGCGACCCGGACGAGGUGUUCCACGACAUCGUUGCCGACCCUGACCGCUUCUACAUCUUCAAGUCCGUCCUGGCCAAGACCAACGUGAGCAAGUUCGACCUCCCUGAGCCUGAGGCCUACCGCGACUUCUUCGGGGUGAACCCGCCAGGCGGAUUCAAGCCACUGGCAUCACACUGCGGCUGGUCGCACGGCUGCCUGCUGGAGAGAGUGGAGCGGGCCAUCACGGAGGAGCUGCCCACUCUCCUCGCCAGCCUGGCCAGGGGGAAGGAGCUGGGAGAGGCUGGAAUGCCCGCCACCGAUUCCCCCAAAGCAGACGAGAAGCCCAAGAAUCGCUGGCGGAGGCAGUGAAGGGGGCGGAGCAGGAAAGGGGGUGGAGCAGGAGCAGGAGGAGAGGGAGGAGGAGAGGAACGUUCCUGUUUUGGGAGGCACAGAAGCUCCGUCCGUACUGGACUCAGGGCAACAAGCCAGUGAAUGAUUGAGCAGGAGCUUGAGUGAAUGAAUGAGUGGGGUGGGUUGGGUGGAUGAGUGAGUGAGUGAGUGAAUGAGUGAGUGAAUAAAUAGAUAAAUAGGUGGAUGGAUGGAGGAAUGAAGGAAGGGGUGAACUGAUUAACGAAUGAAUGAACAGAGGACAUGAGGGAAUGAGAGAUAAUAUUAAACAUGGAAUAAGUGAAAGAGAGAAUGCUCCCAUGUUCCAGAGGAUGCAAAAAUAAAUCCAGUGAAACAUAAAGCCAUAAAGAGAAUCCACAGGAAAUGGAAAACAGUAACAAUAUACAGCCCAGUGAAGUCUGUCAGUUAGGCGUGUCAGAGUUCACUGGGCUCUGUGACGGUGCAUGACCUAAGGUUAUCUUCUCUCUUCACCAAAUCACCACUAGAUUCUAGAUGGUAUUCAAGAUAGGAUCUGAUUGUAGAUCAGAAUUCUUAACUCAAAGUGAGAAAUUAUGAAUGUCGCCCCUGGUCUUUUAUUUCCUGUCCUUUCACUAAACCACUUCAGUUUGUAGGUUUUCUAUUUGUUUCUGUCUAUUUUCAUCCAAUGCAUCUGGUUAUUUUAAUCGUAACUAUCUUCAUUGUUGUUUGAAAAGAUUUUAGGCAUGUCAACCACACUCGAUCAAGAGGGCCCAUUUUGACUUUGUAACUAGCAUAGUCAUGCCUCUGAGAACAUCUGCAUAUGAAUAGUAAUUUUGGGGUGUUUAAUUUUGAGGGUUUGUGCUGAAUGUCUUUAUUGCUGCAUGUGAAAUAUAGUGUCACAUUAAAGCUGUUUUUUUCUGUUGUU